GAAGAACCUGAUUACAAACAAAUAUUCACAAUUUUAUCAAAAUGAUGCCAAUUCAAAAUCGUUUACUAGAAGAUUCACAAUAUGUCUUGACAUUUGUAUGUGAUACGGAAUAUGGCCACUAUUUCAAAGGUGACAGUUGAAGACAGUUCUAAAAAUGUUGGAAUGUGGUUGUUUUUGUUCAGUUCAUAAUAUUUUUAACAAUAAACAGUAAUAAAAUGGAAUACAAAAACAAAAUCGAACCCAGAAAAAUUGAGACAUCCAAGAAUAACGUUAGAACCAGAUAAAAAAAUAUCAUCAUUUAGCACGAAAAAUCCAUUUAGUACCAGAUUCACGCGAAAUUUAGUUUGAAGUGUCAAAAAUGUGCUUUUGUUAUUGUUAGUUCAUUCGAAGGACAGAAAAAUGCUUCAAGUCAUUCAAAAAGUAGUCUUUUGAUUUUCCAUCGAUUCAAUUGCCAUUUUGACAGGAUGACCUGAAGUUUAAGAGACUGGAUCCACCAAAAGAACUACUAGGUCUGUUUACUAGUUAAUAUAUUGAAGAAAUUUGUUCCAAAAUAAGUAAAAUACGAGAUCAACAAUCAUACAAUGGAUUUGCUCGGUUCAAUUUUAAAUUCGAUGGAAAAACCACCAGAAAUUGACGAGAAACGGAAAGAACAAAUGAAAAAACAAAAAGAACAAUUGGAAAAGCAGCAAGCAUACGAAAAACGGGAGAUGGCCAAAUUCCGUACCUAUUGUGAAGAGCGCGUAAAUCGAUUCAUGAAAGAUAAAAACCGAAAAGCACUUCAAUUUCAACCACUGAAUCGAUUUUAUCGGUCGAUUGUGCAUGAUGUCGCACAAAUAGCCGGUUUAACGGCCAUGAGCUUUGGUGCGGAGGAUAUCGACCGAUACAUCGUUGUUUACAAAAAAGAACACGCCCCAACCGAAGACGAAAUAUGUGCCCGACGAAAUGGCGAGGAAUGGAACGCGGAAAUAGCACAAAAAUAUGUUCAAAAGAGGCUUGAAGCAAAAGAAGCGGAAGAAAUACGGCAAAUGAAGCCGACCGAAGUUAAACCAAAUUCAAACUAUAAAGAUAAGUACGCACAUUUGAUUGGACAAGAGGCAGCAGAGAAAGCAGCCAAGAAAACAGAAACAAAUAAAAGCUAUGGUUUUGUUCCAAGUGAAAAUAAACGUGAUAUGCGCACCAUUGAAGCAGUGCAGGCUGAUCUACAAGCAAAAAAGAAAAUGAAACUCUCCCAGGCAUCAACGUCCACAAACGAAACUCAAGAUGAAUAAGAAUUUAAGAAAAUCAUAAACAAAAUAAUGAUAGUUAUCGUAGUUUCCUUUAUAUACUUACGGCACAUGGUUUGUAAAUAAAUCAUAAAAGUAUUAAGUUAUUAACUAUGACACAUAUUAACGUCGUUAAUAGAUUAUUAAAUUAAAUAUAUUACCCAUAUGUA